AUGGUCGUAUGCAUCAUUCAUGUCGAAGAUGGACUGGUGAAGUAUCGUGAUUCGUUUCCAGGCGGGCCAGUGGCGCUCCUUACAGAUAUUUCCAAACCAACGUUUGUGGCCAACAAUGCGAUAUACACAUUGCAAAUUCUGCUUGGCGACGGGGGGUGGCGCUUGCAAGUUUGGUUGCAAUCACAUUCAGAAACUCAUACUAGAGAUUGGAUCGCGACGUUCCUUGCCUUCAAUGCGUCAAGUACCGGAUUACUGGCAUGUCGCAUCUGGAUGAUCGAACCAAAGGCUCGUAACCAGCCUGGCUUAUACAACGGGAAUUGCGAGUUAUAUACCACUGUCUAUCAAGACAGGCUGGGAGAGGGCACAAUGGAUGUGUAUGUAGAAAUGUACAGAUUUAGGAACGACUACCUAGUCCGGUUUGGUUUUUGUGUUCAGAGAGUCGAGAUGGCUACUGCGGUCUUUACCUGGAUACCUCCCUCAGAGACUUUCCUCUUCGCAGCAUCUUACGUCAUUGCAUCGUCUGUUGUCCGGCACAACUUCACCUUCAUUUCAAAUUCGUUAAUGUUGGAACAUUCUUUUCGUUGCGCCCUUCCUCGAGCGGAUCUUUCCAAGGUGGGCGGUGAUAAAAUGGAUGAUGAUUGA